UCGUCGGACGUGCAUCGUGUUGUUGAGUUCACGUCUCGCGUGCGAACAAUUGAGAGACAUGUGAUUCAAUUUGCGAAUCGCGAUUUGCACAGAGGAAGACGAUAAUAAGGUGGAAAAAAUGAUCGAGGAAGAUCCGACCGCGCUUGUCAACGGCCUAAGAAAAUGAAUCAAGAAGAAAAGUUCUCUUUGGGACAAAGCACGGUCCGUGUCGACGAGACGCCGGAUCCGUGACGAUCUCACGUGUCCGAAGAUAUCAUUUGGUCUCGAGUACGUGGCGUGUCUUGGCCAAAUAGUCUGUCUUAAAAAAAAAGUUUUGUGAUAUUAGGAAAGACAUUUCGGAAAUACACAAAGUUUUUUCGCUAAGAACUUCCAUAAAACAACAGGAAGAUUUCACGAAUAAGGAAUACAACGCAGCUGUGAUACACAAACGCUUGCGUGUAUCAGUGCAAAAAAACAUUAAAAAAAAAAAAAAAAAAAGAAAAUCAGUGCCCGACAUAAGUCGAAUAAUAUCGUCGUGUCUUGUGAUUUUGCAGUGAAAUCUAAAAAUUCUACAAUCUUUUUUCUCUCUCUCAUCUCGCGAAGAAUUGGAUAAAAAAGUCAAAAAUUCAGAGAAAGACGAUCGUUAAUAUAAAAAUUUGAAUCGUGAUUGGUAUUUUCGGGUUAAAAAAGUGGUAGCUGUGGUAAUUCGAAGAGAUGGCGGAAGAUUCGCUCCGUCGGAAGACCAGAUCGGCGUCGAUCUGCGCCCCGGGAUUCUCUAGCAUGGAACAAAUGUUGGACGCUAUGCCACCCUCGGGAGCACGCGAACGGGAACGAGAAAGGGACAGCGGGAGCGGCACACCGGAUAACAGUACACCCACGAGGAGACGAAGGCCGGCUACGAGAUCCCAGAGCGCCCGUGUUACCGGCGGAAAUAAAAGCAUCCGCCGUCGCGCCACUGCUCAAGCCGCUGCCCAUCAUCACCACCAUCACCACGAGGGAACCAUGAAGUCGGCUCACUGCAGCAGCGAACCCAAACUGUCCGAGAAUGACGUCAGUCCGGGAAUCAGAAGACGGGGGAGUCGACGGGGGCAGAGCAUGCAUCACACGCAUCACAGGAAGAGCAACGCCUUCCUGGACGUGCCGGACGUCUCGUCUCAGAUGCCGGCACGGGAGGACGGCGAGGACGAAGAUAGUUACAGACUCCGUAGCUUCAGCCUCACCAGUAAAGGUGUCGUGAACAGAGGAGAUUCCUUUCGGAGAAGAAGAUCGAGAUCGAACUCUCUCGCCCCUACCGAUCAAGAAAACGAGGAACGGCGAGCGCCGCCCAAGGAGAUCACUUCGCACAAUGUCGCCAUGCUGGGCAUGAGAGGGGUUGGAAAAACCGCUCUUAUCAGUCAAUUUAUGACGAGCGAAAGCAUAAAUGCCUACGACAGACAGAGAGACGUGCCGAGCGAGCAGUCCGUUUUUGUGAUGCUGAACGGGGAAGAAAGCGAGCUCAGAUUUUUAAACAUUGUCAAUCUAAAGACCGAAUUUGAAAAAAUGCCCUUGCCAGACGCUUUUGUCGUGAUGUACUCGGUGAUCGACAAGGCGUCCUUUCAAAGAGCUGAAGAAUAUCUCGCUCGACUUCACGAUCAAGAUCUUCUCCGCGGUAGACCGGCUAUUCUGGUCGGGAACAAGAUCGAUUUGGUUCGCUCCAGAGUGGUUUCACCUCAGGAUGGAAAAUGUUUGGCCUGUACAUAUCGCGCGAAAUUUAUUGAAGUGUCGGUGGCCAUCAAUCACAAUGUCGACGACCUCUUGGUCGGUAUACUCAACCAGAUUCGUUUAAAGGUGGUCCAGUGUAACCAAGAGAAUCGAAACAAUAGCGGAGGCAGCGACAGCAGUCAUUGGUACAAAUCCAGAGGUGUCGUGCGCGCAAGCAUGAAAGCCCGGCAGAUGCUGACCUGGCUCUUCGGCAAAGAAGACAGCAAGUUCAAGAAUUGCGAGAAUCUCCGCGUACUUUAAGUCAACCAGAUAAGAAAUGUAGUCGGGCUUCUGUCCGACUUCUGUUUUAUUAGUACGUAAGUAAUUAUAUAUACACGACGUGGCUUGAGAAGCUUCUGUCUUCUCGAGAGAGUAUAUCAAUAAUAGAAGAAACUUGUAUGCGUUGAUGAAAAUCGAGUAAAAAGAGGCUCGUGAGGAUGUAGUUCGAAUGCGCGUGUGUGAAGAAACGAAUGCGUCUCUUUCUGAAGUAAAUAAUAAACGUUGAAUAGUUUAUAAAGUUUAAAGUCGCGCCUAAAAAUAAUGCGCGACUUAGUUGUGCUUGAAAAGAUACAUAUAUUUCUCGCUCUCCUGCAGGGAAGAACGAACGGUCCGCGGACCAAAAUGAUUAUAAUUAGCAUUGUGGAUGAACAAAGUGCCAAUUAGUGAAAAUUAACGCGAGAACGGCGGCGUUUAAGGAGAGAUUUUACGCCGAGUGAAGAUAAUGUCGCUCGAUUUCGCGCUCGUUCGGCUGGAAUUACAGCUGAAAUAGUGAGAAAUGUAAGUGAUUAACCCUUUCAGUCGCAGGUGUGGCAAAGAGUGUGCGUUACUUUUCAGCAACUUUCUCGACGUAAAAACUUCCUUCUCGGCGCAUUGAGGAUAGAAAGCGAAGGGAGAAUAAUUUCCAUUCACGUGGAUUAACGAUUAACUUAAUACGGUUAAAUUACGUGAAAAACAGUUUUUUUCGCGCUAUAUUCAGAUAAUUUAUUGUAUUUGUAUAAUUACAACACACGUUAAGUGUUUUCUAAACUGAUUUAAUUUAGUUCUUUUUUUCACUUGUCAUUAAGAUACACAUGUAUAGUUUUAUCUUUUAUUUUGAAUUGAAAGAGUUUAUUGUGUGGGUUUGGUUAGUUUUUUCCGCAUUUGUAAAAGAAUAAAUUCCAGCGAAACGAGCGAAAAAUUGGCAGCUCUCUCUGUCUCUCUUAAAAUAAUGCAAUCAAAAGUUCAAAUCGAUCGUGAGGAUAAAGAAAAGAAUUUAACUGGACCAUAGCGUAUAAAAUAAUCAUCACUAAGAUUACAGAUUUAUUGUGUAUAUAU